AUGACCAUGCGCUUCGGCGGCAUUGUGGCCAUCGACGACCUGUCCUUCGAGGCCAGGAAGGGGGAAAUCACCGCCAUCAUCGGCCCGAAUGGCGCCGGCAAAACGACGGUUUUCAACUGCCUGACCGGUUUCUACAAGCCCACCAUCGGGCGCAUCGCCCUGAACCACCCUAGCGGCACGAUGCUGCUGGAACGCAUGGAAGGGUUUCGCAUCGCGCAGCGUGGCGGCGUGGCGCGGACGUUUCAGAACAUCCGGCUGUUUGGCCGCAUGACCGUCCUGGAGAACCUGAUCGUGGCGCAGCACAACGCCCUCAUGCGGGCCUCGGCGUUCACGGUCGCCGGGCUGCUGGGGCUGCCGCGCUACCGCCGCGCCGAGCGGCGCGCUGUCGACAAGGCGCGCGAGUGGCUGGACAAGGUGCAACUCCUGGACGUCGCGGACUGGGAGGCGGGCAAUCUGCCCUACGGCGCUCAGCGCAAGCUCGAAAUCGCCCGCUGCAUGUGCAACGACCCGCUGCUGCUGUGCCUCGACGAGCCCGCCGCCGGCCUCAAUCCGCGCGAAUCCGCAGAGCUGAACGAAAUGCUGCGCAGCAUCCGCGACGAGCAAGGCAUCGGCCUGCUGCUCAUCGAGCACGACAUGAACGUGGUCAUGGGCAUCUCGGACCACAUCGUGGUGUUGGAUUACGGGCGCAAAAUCGCCGACGGCACCCCGGUCGAGGUGCGCAACGACCCGGCGGUCAUCCGCGCCUACCUCGGCGAGGAAGAGGAGGGCGACCUGCCGCCCGUGCGCUUUGCCGGGCGGCGGAGACUCGUGAUGCUGAACAUUCAGGGCGUCCAUACGUUUUACGGCCAGAUCGAGGCGCUGAAGGGCGUUGACAUCGAGGUGCAAGAGGGCGAGAUCGUCACCCUCAUCGGCGCCAACGGGGCCGGCAAGUCGACGCUGCUGAUGACCAUCUGCGGCAACCCGCGCGCCGCCAGCGGGCGCAUUUAUUUCGACGACCAGGACAUCACCGACCUGCCGACCCACGAUAUCAUUCAUCGAGGCGUUGCUCAGGCGCCGGAAGGGCGACGCAUCUUUCCGCGUAUGACGGUUAUCGAGAAUCUGCGCAUGGGUGCCCUGUCUACCGAGGACGCUUAUUUCGACGACGACAUGGCGAGCGUUUUCAAUCUGUUCCCGUUGCUGCAAGAGCGGCGCAACCAGCGGGGCGGCACGCUCUCCGGCGGCGAGCAGCAGAUGCUCGCCAUCGGCCGUGCCCUGAUGAGCCGUCCGAAGCUCCUGUUGCUCGACGAGCCGUCGCUCGGCCUCGCCCCGAUGAUCGUCAAGCAGUUGUUCGCGGUCAUCAAGGAGAUCAACGAGCAGCAGGGGGUGACCAUUUUCCUGGUCGAGCAGAACGCCUAUCACGCCUUGCGGCUGGCGCACCGGGGGUACGUCAUGGCCACGGGCGAGGUCAUCAUGGCCGGAACCGGGGGUCGAGUUGCUCGCCAACCCGAGGAUUCACGCCGCCUACCUGGAAGGCGGGCAUCAGGGAGCAUAGGGCUUUGGAAGACCUCCUGGGAUCAUCGCUUGGUGUUUUCAUCGGUCUAA